CUUUCUCCCUCUCUCUCUCUCUCUCUUUAAUUUUUUCUCACCCAACUUUUUUUUUUAUAUAUAAAUGGAAGGCUUUCUAAGUACUUUACCACCUUACGUCCAUGAGUUUUUAGGCAGACACCCACCGACCGAUGUAUUCAACUUGUUGAAAGAACUGGUCUGCUUUGCCGUAUUAUAUUCAGAGGAUCGUGAUCGCAUUAAUGCCACCACGACGGCAUUGUUAAAAAAAAGGCACGACAAAGAGCUUGACGAGGAUGCCGUGGUUCCUGAACCUCCCAUGAUGGCAUCCAUAAAGGAAGAAGAACCUAAGCCGGAACUGAAACAACAACAGGUGAAGGAAGCAAAACCCACCUACAACGUACGUACCGGCGAAUUGAUUCAGACCGACAAGUCAAAAAUGGCAAAUACCAUGCCCGAAUGGUGGGGUCAUCAAGAAUCCGAUCAUCAUCCUAUCGUACCAAAAGAAAAUCAUGAACCAAAGGCAACCUUGAAUAAAUCCAUCUUUAACCAUAACGCCCAUGAAGAGAAUCAUAGUAAGCUGCAUGAAGAGAGUAAAAUCAUCAAGGAAGAAAAACCGGAUGCCUAUGGCUCAUCAUGGAUCUCUUGGGAUCAAACACCAACCAAUACAAAUACCCAUCAUCAUCGCUUAGAAAGAGCGAGAAGAUCUUCGUUCUUAUCCCGAGGAGGACAAUGCCAGACUUGCUCAUGCUCAUACACCCAUGGCACCCGUCUUAAAACGUCACUCCACCAUGAAUUUAAAAUCAUCCGUUUCUCCUCCCACACGAACCACUAUGCGUAACCCAUCCAACGCCACCGCCACCAAAGCCAUGAACCGUCUCUCUGGUAACG